UUAUUAUUUCUCUGUAUUUUUCGUUUGUAUUUAAAGGUUCGAAGGAAAGUUCGUCUUUAGAAAUUAAUUUGAUGAUAGUUAUCUGAUUGAGUUAAUCGUUGUUUAUUUGAAAAUUUCCUUUUCCGAAGGCGGAUGGUAGAUGGGUAGUUGUUGUUCUUGCUCCUUCUUUUGGUCGCAUGCAAUAUUGAAUGCAUUUGUUAAUUGAUUGAUUGAUUGAUCGAUUGAUUGUUUAGAGUUAUUCUUUGGGGAUAUCAGGAGAGCAAACUAGUGAUCUUUGAGCAUUUUGACAAUUUUCUAUCAGUUAUACGAGAUUACGAUAUAGUUAAAAGUUUUGGGUUAAGACUGCGUGGUUGUUUUCAGCUGGCUGAUCAGUUCUGAAUUCUAGCUAUACUGUUACUGAAUGUAAAUAGUUUAAUCAAAAAAAUAUAAUGGACAAGAAUUUAGAAACAGUAAUAUGCAUUUUUAGUAUUUAUUGUGAAAGGAAGUGUCAAAUCUACAGCAUUUAGCGCUUUAUGCUUUACUGUGAUCCAUAUGAACCCCCUGAACUGAGAUUUUGGUUUGAGUUAAUGUUGCAUGUGUGUGUAUUUCAGCAGUGAAAGUAUUCAUGCGGUUGUUGGGUAUAUCGACAAAGUUUUAAAGAGAUUGAAAAGAGGGUAGUGGGGGAAUUAGAAAGCAGAAGGUUAGCAGUUGGUAGUAUAUUGGUAGAUCUAGACAUACUCUUUUGUGCAUUAGAAGAUUGCAUUUGUUUAAGUUUUAUAGUCAAGUGAGAAUUCUGUUACAUUUUCAGAAGAGGAAUUUAUUCUUCGUUGUCCAAAGCCAACUGCCAUUUAAGUUGUGUGAUUGAGAACAUCAGUUUGAAAGGAUCUUGUUGUGCUUAGCAAGGUUGACUUGGUGAAUCUCUCAUAUUUUAUCUGUAUAUGGCCUAUCACUGGACCAUGCCAAGUAUUCUGAUUAAAUCAUACAGAAUGGGCAAGAAAGCUGGUGGACUAUAUAUAAACCCAAAGAAAUUUGGCUCCCUCUCAAAACCUUGCAUGAAAGAAAUGAUAUCAUUUCUCAAUUGCUUGUCUCUUAACAAGAAUAAUGACGAUAAAUGUGUUCGGCAGAAGGACCUUUUGAGUGCCUGUAUGGAUGCGCAGAGUAACAAGAACAGAAAGCCCUGGGGCAGCAUCAAUUACCACUUGCAGAGGCUUAACAGGGGAAGGAAGUAGUGUGAGUUUUUUUUUUUUUGUAAGAAGAAUGUUAAAUUUAUGUAUCAUUCUUCAAGUUCAUCACUUCUGGUGGUUUAGCAGAGGAAGAAGUGUAUUGGUUGUUAGCUAGAUAGAGAACAAUGAUGUAUCAUUACCUGAUUGGAUUGUUUUGAGGUUGCUGAUGAAAAUUUUGGAAAAUUGAUUUUAAAUAAAAUUUUUAUGUAGCUUAAAUCAAUUCUCUAG